AUGCAUCAUUUUGCAGUUAAAAACAACCUUAUUGAUACAAAUGCAGAGACAACCAAACUAGGUUUUAAAGGCAGUGAUUCCACCCUUCUUCGUCCUAAGCCUCGUCGGCUCGGGUCAGCCCUGACUGAAUAUCUUAAUCCUCUCAAAUGCAGCAAGAACAGUAAGCCAAAUUCUGAUGCAAGAAGUGGAGUUCUAUACAUGCUUGCCGAAAAGACAACAAAUGGACGAGGAUGCAUGUGCACUGGGUGCUCACCCUCUUGUUACUCGGGAUCUCCACCGACUAGGACAGACAAUCCAUUGGUUCAUGAUGUGCAGUUCGUGCAUCAGACGGAGUUGUUUUCGCCUUUCACUCGAAUAGAGUUAAACCGCCAUUUUGCAGUUCGUGCAGUUCGUGCAUCAGACGGUUCAUGA